AUCACACAUCUGUAGGUGGAUUAGGUGAUAGUUUCUAUGAAUACCUGUUGAAGGCCUGGCUAAUGUCUGACAAAACCGACACAGAGGCACGCAAAACCUAUGACGAUGCCAUCGAGGCUAUCGAGCGCCACCUCAUCCGUAAGUCCAACGGCGGUCUUACUUUCAUCGGGGAGUGGAAAAAUGGCCACUUGGAGCGUAAGAUGGGUCACCUGACUUGCUUUGCUGGGGGCAUGUUUGCCCUCGGGGCUGAUGGGUCGCCGGAUGAUAAAGCUGGGCACUAUCUGCAGCUCGGAGCAGAGAUUGCUCACACCUGCCAUGAAAGCUACGAUCGCACUGUACUGAAGCUCGGUCCAGAGGCCUUUAAGUUCGACAGCGGGCUGGAGGCCGUGGCUGUGAGACAGAACGAGAAGUACUACAUCCUGAGGCCUGAGGUCAUCGAGACAUACUGGUACAUGUGGAGAUUUACCCACGACCCCAAAUACAGGCAGUGGGGCUGGGAAGCAGCGCAGGCUAUAGAUAAAUACUGUCGAGUCAGCGGAGGUUUCUCUGGUGUUAAAGACGUCUACUCCUCCAACCCCACCUACGAUGACGUCCAGCAAAGUUUCUUUCUGGCUGAAACUCUCAAGUAUCUAUAUCUGCUUUUCUCUGGCGAUGAGCUGCUGCCUCUUGAGAACUGGGUGUUCAACACGGAGGCCCACCCUCUGCCCGUCCUGCACCUGGGCAACAUCACCCUGCCUGGCAGCGAGACCCAGCGGUAGAGCGGACGCACCGGGGGGCGCUCUCCCCCUCACUCGCCCCUUUUCUAUACGCCUCCCUCCUUGUGAAAGACAGCAGCUGCUAGUGCAAAGGAGAGGAGAGAACUGUACCCACCAACCACUGUCUCCUCCUGGACUGUGAAUCAUGGGACUUCAGUGACCGGAGGAGACCGAACUCUCUUUAUCUGUGUCUCUCAUAUAUUCUCUGAAGGACAGACUGUCGGAUUGAUCAUGUGCGUCUCUCUCUUGUGGCCGCUGGUCUGACACACACUGUACUCACAUUUGCGGACAUAAAGACCUUCUGAAAUGGAUGUGCAUUUCUCACCAAGGAAGGAUUUUAACAAGUUCGUUCUUUUUUUUCUUUUUCUUUUUUCCCCUCCAAUUUGGCAGUGUUUCAUGUCAUCAGCUCAGCACUAAAUCGCUUCAAAAUGGUGGAUAAAUAGACCAGAGCCUUUCACUUCCUGAGUUGGGCUCCUGGAGACAGCAGAUGUUGGAUUUGACCACCUGUGAAAUCUUUCUCCAGCUGAGGUUGAAUUUAGGCCACAGGCACCCAGGGAUGUUCUUUUCUCCGGGAUUUCACUUCAAACAGUCUCCCCGAUGUCUCUGUUAAGGUUAGCGAGUAAAAAACAGACAUGUGCUGCUAUCGAACAGCUGCUGCCUGUGAGACAGUCACCACCGUCAUUCCAGAAACCUGCACUUUUCUGUGUCUCUCCAUUCCUCUUUCUUUUCAUCCUUUCUGAAUGCUCAAUUUCAUUCAUACUGCUUUCUGAAACAUGGAUCGGUUUUUGCCAUAUAUUGAAUCAGUAACACUUGAAGCAGCAGCAGCUGUAACUUGUGGAGAGACGUCGCAGUGCUUCAGAUGCUUAUUCUCACGGCCAUCACCAUUUGUUUUCAACUGUCAAUGGUAAUGGUCACUCUGUUAGACCAGACCAGAUUUUUUCAACUGCAGAGUUUUACCACUAAUCGUAGCCAACGAGAUAGAGAUUUAUAAAUAUAUAUAAAUAUGGGGGUUAGGGUUCAGAAAAUACACUGUGUGUGCUCUGUACAAAAAACCCAGAGUAAAUGAAACAAAAAAAAAAAAAAACAGUGCAAAGAUUUUGAAUACAGUUGCAUAAUUACAAAGCCCAUGAUGUAGUAUGUUUUAGGCUUGGGUAUACUCCUAAACUGAGUUCAAAGACUUUCUUGUCAUUCCUGUUUCUGUUCUUUAAAGUCAAACGCAUAUCUCUGAAUAUUUCAUGUGAGUUUUAACAUGACUUGUUCCGUGAAUGUUUCUGUCCUGGGCUGUAAGCCCUGAGAACCGGUGGUGGCAGACAGAAACAGAUUCCUGAUAUUAGAUGAUUCACUUCGAGUUUGAUCAAACAGCUAAUCAUAUUGAAGUUUUUUUAUUAUUAUUAUUAUUGUUUUGUUUUUUUGGUUUGUUUUAUUUGACCUUUAAUGAAUAUUUAUUCAUUCUGUUGAGAAGACGUGCUCAGCCUUAUGCUCUUCGAUGUUUGUUUGUUUGUUGUAAUCUUCUAUCGUGUGAAAUGGCACAUCCGCAGAAUAUUUCAUGUACUUGAUCGGAGAAGGAAAAAAUUAUUAUUUUCUCAUGAAGAAUCUGUUUGAGAAUCAGUCUUUCAAAAAGACUUGAGCACCUCUGGGUGUCAUCGAAGGGUAUGUCUCUUUCUAUCCUGUCGUUUCAGUUCUUCAGUUUCUAAACCACAUCCUCUCCUCCCCUCUAGAUGGCAGAAGUGGUGUCCCAUUUUCUUUUUUCCCCAGUAACAUGACUUUGACUAAUAAUGAGUGAAGCCCAGGUCAACAGUUUUCCCUGGUGCUGCUGGGUGGGUUUCGAUAAUGCUGUGUUCUGUAUUUGUAUUUUUACUGAACAAAAAAAAAAAAAAAAA